AUGAGAUUCCUCUACGCUCUUGCACUCUCUGCUCUUGCCUCCUUUGGCGAUGCUGCUGCUAUUACCCAGGGAAAUUCUACGUCUUCCGAGCCUACAUACGAUGCCAUAAUCAUCGGAGGCGGUCCUGCUGGACUUUCAGCUCUGAGUGGACUUGCUCGCGUACGCCGCAAAGUUCUUCUGAUUGACUCGGGGGAGUAUCGAAAUGCUCCCACCCGUCAUAUGCAUGAUGUUAUUGGAUUUGAUGGUGUAACUCCCGCUUACUACCGCUGGGCGGCUCGUGGGCAGCUCUCCCAUUAUGAUACUGUGUCAAUGGUCAACGGAACUGUUACAAAGAUCGUGGCCCAGCAAAACAAUACUUGGUUCUCCGUAUCAGCCAACUACGCGAACGAGACAAAGACCUUGUCCACGAAGAAAAUCGUCCUCGCCACUGGCCUAAAAGAUAUUCUCCCGGAGACACCUGGCAUUGAGGAAAACUGGGGCAAGGGCAUUUACUGGUGCCCUUGGUGCGAUGGACAUGAACAUGCCGACCAGCCUCUCGGACUCCUGGCUUCUUUAGAUAAGAUACCCGGGCUAGUCCGUGAGAUACUGACCCUAAACAGGGACAUUGUGGCAUUUGUUAAUGGUACUGAUACAAGCAAGUCCCGUGAAAUUGCGACAAAGGAUCUCCCUAAGUGGGAGGCAUACCUUAAGAUCCACAAUGUCACGGUCGACAACAGAACGAUUACAGAUAUUCAACGACUUCGAGAAGGAACCACUGGCCAUGAGGACCCAAGCCUUCCUACCGCCCCUGAGAAUGACUUGUUCGAGGUCAACUUCAAUGAAGGCCAGUCUGUUCAUCGCGCUGCAUUCUUAACCAGCUUUGAGGAUGAACAACGAUCCAGGGUUCCCGAGGAGCUAGGCGUGCGGUUAUACGGUGGACGCCUGGCAGCAGACUCGGCCAAUGGUUUAGUCACAAACAUCCCCGGCGUGUAUGCGAUCGGUGACGCGAACUCGGAUAAUGUCACCAACGUCCCACAUGCGCUCUUCAGCGGUAAACGAACAGCUGUGUUCCUACAUGUUAGACUCGAGCGUGAGACACAAGCAGAUGAACUUGCGGAGGUGGACGACGAACCCGAGAAACGAGAUAUCCACUUAAAGGCUCGUGAGGUUUGGGAGAGGGUCAAUGGCCAACCUGGUGACUUGUUAUAUGCAGGGGAUUUUGACCAGUGA